AAGGAAAGCCGUGAAUGUGCUCCGGACCAUUCACGUCUUGGAGGGGAGGAGUCAGCGGAGCCAGAGAGGGGUCAUACCAAAAUGUGUGUCCCCGACAAAAGCAACAUUAUUUCCGCCCUGGUCCGGUGCCGUCCUGCGUUAUCUCCGCGAGGAGCUUUUAAAUGGACUCUACAACGAGUCUAAGCUGAUCGUAGUUGUGACUGACAGUCUGCUCCUGUCGCUCCUCACCGUCUGAACCGAAGCAGAGGAUGGAUGGAAACUUUUCACCGGUUGCUAUCUUCUCCGUAGCCCUCCUCACUGUCGCGUUGUCAUCUUCAACAGCCUUCCUGGAGCCGUACGACCUCUUAUAUGACAGCGCGGUGCAGGCGUUUUACAACAACGACUAUACAAAUGUGGUGCGCUACAUGGAGGGAGCGCUCAGCAGCUACAAAGAAGCCCGGCGCACCAAAGUCCGGUGCCGGUUGAGGUGCCAGGACCAGCAUCCCUUCGAUGACACCUUCUCGGACCUACGCUUCACCGACGUGGUGCUCCGGAGAGCUGCGUGCAUGAACGCGUGCAUCGAGGAGAAAAUCGGUGCUCAGUCCGUGCACAAAGUCAGCGAGGAUGUAGUGCAGGACUUCCAUCGGAGGAUCCCUUACAACUAUCUUCAGCUGGCAUAUCAGAAGAGAGGCACGCCACCUUUUGCAGGUAUUAAAGGGAGACUUCUGUCGGCUGGACCCUGAUGGCCUCCAGUGAUCUCUGGCUCCGGCCACAGCUCUCACUACAGUUGCCCGACUGCAGAGCGGAUCAGAGGCCCCGAACUGCCCUCAGGAGCAAGAAGAGAUCGUAUCUCCAGCCUCUUUAUCCGGAAACUGGUCGGACUCACAGCACUGCUGUUCCAAGGAGCAAUUCUGAAGGACUCAUUAUUUCUAGUCUUUGAAUUUAUCAAUGUUUAAUUUGAUUAUGAAUAAAUGAGUGAAAGUCGGAUUUAAAAAAAAACAAAAAAAAAAAAAACACAGCAGCAUGUGGGGACAGUCCAGCUUAAACCCCGAUGUUUGUGAGUUAGAUGGGAUCUGCAGCUUUGUCAUCUGCAGCUGAUAUAAGGGGAUUGAAGGGUCUUGGACAGAGGGAGAAUGAGCUAUGUCUUUGGAUUAGGAUUGUAAGGCUGGCUUUUGCUCAGAGGAAGGCAGUGUGUUCGCCUCCAAGUCAGAUUUAUGUGUUUGACGUCGAGGGUCGUUUUUUGCUGUUAUCCCAUUGGCAAAGUGACUGAGAGUGAGACAGGAAGUAACGCAGGAUCAGACGAAGUAGAGGUAGACAUCGUAGAUAAACAUAUGCUGGCUUGAAGAAAAUGUAGAUUGUGACUAAAGAGAAACACUGUCUUUAAUAAAUGUAAAUGAUCACCAUCACCUGCUCCUCUGCACACACCUGCAGAGCCAACAUGCUGCUUCCCUAACCUAGUGUGCAGUGCUGUGCUUUGCCCAGACAGUGUGGCACUUGUCUGUGCCAAAGGCCUUCUCUUCUGCAUGACUGGAAAUGAGUGGAUAGCGCACUACAAGAAUGUUGAGGCACGCUGUGGCGUAACACACCAAUAUAGCUCUCGCCCUGAUUAACAAUUAAACGGCUGCAGGAGAGGAGGAGGAGGAGGAGGAGGAGGAGGCUGCUAAUGGGUCACUGCAGUGGGGUUGUGGGCUGGGACGAGACAGCAGCAGGUUGUGGAAGGGAGGCGGUCUUUGCUCGGGGGUGACUUUGUGA